CUCCGCCUCUGCGGGGCAGAGGCCCACCUGCCGCCGCCGCAGGUUCCGCGCGCCGCGGACUCGGCUCUCGCACCAGGAAGUUUCUCUUGGAAAGUUAAGUCAGGAAAUAAGAAGGAAACAUUCCUAUAUACACGGUUCUUGUCCAGAGAGAUAUUACUGAAGGAACGAAAGUCUCCACACAUUUCUCCACAAAUCUAUUUUCGGCAGUGAAGCUAUUCAGGAGAAAAGCCAACAGUUUAUGCCAGUGUUUGAAGAGGUACUGUGUGACUAUGGGCUUUAUGCAUCCUGGAAGGCACAAUGUUAAAACUGCAAAUUAACUGGUUUGACAGAGUGUAGUCUCGCACCUUCAGUUUGGGAUCUGGAAGCAGAUGUAGCCUUUGCAUCUUCGCAAGAAAUACAAUUUUUGGAUGUGAUUAUAUUCAAGAUGAAUUAACCAGAUGUGAGACAAAUUCUUCCAAUGCCACGGUUCUUCAGUUCCGUAGGACUAAAACAAAUCUGAACAAUACCAGUGCUUGUCAACAGCAGUGGGUACAUGCACAGGAGGCAGGUUGGGUAAAUGGAAGAUUUGGAGACUAACUUAGUCCAGACACGCAAAGCACGUGGCAUAGAACAAAUGGUAGCAAAAUGGCUCCAUCGCUCUCGGAGUAGUGCACCCAGGGGAAGAGCAUCUGUGACAGAUAUCUCCAGUGAUGGCAGUGGCCAGCCUGCUAGUCGUGUCAAGCUCACAGUUACAAUAUACAAGGAUUUGGUCCACCAUCACUAUGGCUUUGAGAUUUGUCCAAGCCUUCCUCUUACAAUUGCAUCUGUCACGGCAGGGAGCACAGCUGAUGGAAAGUUGCUGCCAGGUGAUCAGAUCCUUCUGAUAAACACUACAGCUGUGGAAGAUAUUUCUAUUGAUCAUGCAGCUGAUAUCAUCAGGCAGGCUGGAGAUGAGCUCCUCCUAACCGUUCUGCGCUGCACGUCGGGUGGGCCUAAGUCAUCAUUUCUCACUGCAGAGAAGAGGGCAAGGCUAAAAUCAAACCCUGUGAAAGUUCGGUUUGCAGAGGAGGUGCUGGUGAAUGGACACUCACAGGGGAAUUCUCUUCUUUGUAUGCCAAACGUUCUCAAGGUAUACUUGGAAAAUGGGCAGACGAAAGCUUUCAGGUUUGAGACAAGCACUACUGUGAAGGACAUUGUUCUCACCUUGAAGGAGAAGCUCUCCAUCCGAAGCAUAGCACACUUCGCCCUUGCCUUGGAGGAGCAGUAUAACAUUGCUAAGAUCUACCUGCUGCAUGAUGAUGAGCUCAUCGAGCAGGUAGUCCAAAAAAGAGAAUCCCAUGACUACCGGUGCCUCUUCAGAGUCUGCUUCAUCCCAAAAGAUCCCUUAGACCUCCUGCAGGAAGACCCAGUUGCCUUUGAGUAUCUUUAUCUGCAGAGCUGCAGUGAUGUGCUUCAGGAAAGGUUUGCUGUGGAAAUGAAAUGCAGUGUGGCAUUACGUCUGGCUGCUCUGCAUAUACAGGAAAGGAUCUAUGCUUGUGCUCAGCCACAGAAAGUGUCCUUGAAAUACAUUGAGAAGGACUGGGGAAUUGAAAACUUCAUCUCACCAACUUUGCUCCGAAACAUGAGAGGCAAAGAUAUCAAAAAAGCUAUCAGCUACCACAUGAAGCGGAACCAGGUCCUACUGGAUCCUCGGCAGAAGCAUAUGCUUGCGGCAGUCAAAGUUCGCCUGAGCUACCUGCAGAUACUGGGAGACCUGAAGAUGUACAAUGGGAAGAUCUUUAAUGCCACCCUGAUGCUACAGGACAGAGAAUCAUACGUUGCCUUGCUGGUUGGGGCCAAGUACGGGGUGAGCCAGAUUAUCAAUAAUAAGCUCAACAUCAUAACAAGUCUGGCAGAGUUUGCAAACAUCAGCAGGCUGGAGCUUACGGAGGAGUCUGAGAAAGUGAGCAUGGUGAAAAUCUACUUGCAGGAUCUGAAGCUGCUGACUCUGCUGUUGGAAUCAAACAGUGCAAAAGAUCUUGUCUGCCUCAUCAACGGGUAUUACAGGCUGUUCGUGGAUGCAAAUGUCUCCAUAUUUACUUGGGGGGAGAAAAAACAGCAACUGCACCGUAUGUCAGCUGAAGAAGGAUAUGAAUCUAGAACCUGCAGUGACUCUGAAGACUCCUGGGAGCUAGAUUCCUCCUCAGAGCAUUGUGCACCAUAUGGCAGUAUCCAACCUGUGUGUGAGGAGGAGGAGCUGGAAGACCUCCACAGCCUGGAGCAGGACAGCAUAAAGCCCCAAGCUGGAGGGGAUGAACAAUGCAGCAAGUCUGACAAUGCAACAGACAGCACAUCAGAAGCUUCAGAUUCAGCUAACACUGAGAGCCGAGGGUGUAAGACAAGUGGCUCAAGUGACUCCAUGGAUGCACUGGAGGAAGACGAGCUGGAAGCUUGUUCUUCUUCUAGGCCAGAGUUCUUCCAUUUCUAUAUGCCAACAGUGCAAGAGAUGAACAGCUCAGAUAAGAGCUUCUUCCCCAUUGGUGCUGCAAGGGGCUCCAGCAAAACAGAAGCCAGAAACUUCUUCUGCUUUUUGCAGGUACCACAAGCAGCAGAACCUGGGUCUGAACACAGUCACUCUGAGCUGAGAGGAGAGGACAUGGGUGCAUCUGUGCUAGAGACCAACCUGGCUGAGAGACUUGCCAUGGACUAUUACAGCCUUUGCUACAACAUAUCACCUCCUGGUAAUGUGGAGAGGAACAUCAAUCACAGCCCUAGAAGUUCUUGGAAAGAUGUGUCUGCCCAGGAGGGUGUAUCCUGCAGAUCAGAUCAAAUGGCAGAGGUGAGCGAUCUCAUUCUGGACCCUCCCCCAGGCUUUGGAGACACUAGCUCCGAGGAUGAGUUCUACGAUGCAGCAGACAGACUCAGCCCCCCAGAUGCUCUGGCAGCAGGCUGUAGCCUCACAUCCUGGAACAGUAUAGACAAUGGCUCCUGCAUCCUAAAGAAACCAAGAUGUUACAGCUUGGGGGAAAACCUGGUGUCAAGGCAGACAACAAGGGAGAGACACAGAAUGGAGAAGGAGCUGACUUAUGCUAAGAGCCUGAGGAAGAGGAGAUCUUUCCUGAAAACUGAUUACACCUCACAGGUCACUUUCCCAUCAGCUUUACCAUGCUCUCAGCAGAGCUGCUGCAGUUGGUCACUCUAUCCAUCACUCCUCACUCAGCUUCCAGACCUACCUUCCUCAGAGAACAUCAAGACGGACACUGAAGUGGGAGCUCACACUGAUACAAAGGCCCAGAGAGACACUGCAAGCAAAAACCCAUCAGCUGAUUUGAUGGAAAUGGAGCCUGACACCAUGGAAACAAAACCAAUGACUGGCUUGUUUUUUUCUUCCAUUUCAGCUGGUUGCCUGCAGGGUGACCAGAAUGGGGAAGAGAGCUCAGACAUUGCUGUAUGUGUGGACAGUGGCCUCAGUCCUGCAAGUCCUGUACAUGCACCCUUCCUGUUGUGGGAGGAAGCUGGUCACCUUCCCAGGAAACAAAGCAGAGGCACCAAAAAAGAUCCCAGCAUUGAGUUAAAAACUAGGUGGCAAAGUGAGGACAAUUAUGAAACCAGUAGGGACCAGCCAGCCCAAAUAGUGGUGAAGGGGGCAUCUGAGAUGAUGGAAGCCCACUGCAAGGUCAACAAUGAAGUCAAAUCUCAGACCCAGGAAGUGACCUGCCCUUCUAAUGAAUGUACCAUUUCUCCUUUAGCCUCUGGCACCACCAUGACAUCUCCCUGCGGUGUGACCUUGGAGUUCAAUCUGCUCCCCACAGCAGGGAAAGAAGCAGCAUGUGGAGAGCUUGCCAUGGCUCCCUGUGAAGAAAGAAAAGGUGAUUUUGACAACUGUGCUGAAAACCAGAGUGACAUAGGCUUGUCUCAGGUGAAAACCAGACAGACAAGUGAGGAAACCUUCUGGAAAGUGCACAAUAAAAAUCAUGUGGGCUUUCCAAAUGUAACCCAGCUGUUAACAGAUUGCAGUGGCACUUCAGGGGUUAUAACUCACCUCUCCUGGCUCUCAUUUGGGGUCAAGACAAACUUCACAUCACCCAACCCAUCUAGGGAGAGGGUGGACAACCCACUGGAGCUUUUGGACUCUCAAGAGACAGCUCACAUGACCAGUGGAUGCCCCAGGGGUGAUGCUGUCAGAAAGGAGACACAAACACCCUCAACUGUACCAGCCUUUAAAAAAGAGUUGGUGAGCAACCAGGGACCAGAUGAAGGAGAGCCGAGAAAAGAUACAGAAAAUGUGGAUUAUAAACAACCUCAGCCUAGUCAGACUCUUAUUCCCAGAGAAGAAGCUACAGUGCUUGAGAAAGACUGUCCCCUAAUUCCAUCUCUGGGGCUUGCCUUUCCCUCAGGCCCAGUUCCUUUGGGGUCUCUGGGGAAAAGAGCAGGAGACCAAAGGGCUUCAAAUCGCUCCUUCCUUUGCUUUAACUAUAAGAAGGUUGAGCAGACACCUCCCAGUCACAUCAUGACCAGAUCUCUGGGUCUUUCCACCAUGAAGAACACAUUUCCACCCCAGCUUGGGAUGGACAAGUGCAGCUGUCAGCUGUCCUAUGUCAGCUGCUUCCACAGGCCUGAAGAAGAGGGGGAACAUGAGAACACUAUCUCUAUGCACAGCAUGUCUUUGGGGCCCCUCACCACCCCACCAUCCACCAUCCACAGUCUUCCUGGCACCCCUGUGGACAGUUACCUAGUUGCUACUGCGAGAGACAGGGCAUGGCUGGACCCUCACAUCCAAGCCCUGACCAAGUUGAAGGACCAAGCACAGAUGAGCCCUGGAGAUUUCUCCUGCUUCCUAGCCUACAUCGCAGAGCUUCAGGAGGUUGUGGGAAAGCUCUCUGGCAACCAGACAACCCACCUGCAAGAGAGAUGUGCAGAGCAUAGGUCUGAGAGCAAGGGUGCACUUGAAUCAGCCUCCCAGGACCUGCUGUCCGAUUGCCAGGAGCUUCUGAAAACAGAGCGACCCCUUAAGGAGCUGCAGGGUGCAUUGAGAGUGACAUUUGAUGACCUAGUUCAGUUGACAGUGGCCUGCUUCCAGGUGACACACUGCCAGCUGUGCAUGCAGAGGCAGAGUGAGCUUGUGGCCAUGCUCGCAGAUGUGGUGGGCACCUACCACCAGUUGGUGCAGGUUGUUCACCAGCUGCUUCACAGGCAGGGCUGCCAGGAUGUGGGUGCCAAACUCCUUGCCCGCCAGCACACAGCCCUUACAGCUGCUGUGUUUUGUCUCAUGCAGCAGUUCAGGGUACCCUCCUCUUUGUGACAAGGGUUCUUGGUGGCAUACAGAUGUACUGGUCAGGGAGGAGCCCAGACAUACUUCCUGCUGUCUGUCACCAGGCUCUCCCACACAGGGUGUUUAGUCAUGCAUCUCAGAGAAUGGUCAUGGAAUGAUUUGUCCAUGCUCCACUGCUCACCCCCACAAAGAGCAGCCCAGUCCCAGGUGGUCCUGGGGCAAGGCCUGCCCCCACUCCAACCUAGCUUUUUUAAAUUCUGUAAAGACAAUCUCAGUCUAAUUUGCAAACUCAUGGAGUGUGUCAGUGGUUUGGGCUUAUGUGUCUUGUCUGUCUGGUCCUUCACAUCCUGAACACCUUGCAGGUAGCUAGUGUCAGGGUGUUGUCUUAGCCUUCUUCUGUCUUCUGUGGAGAAAGACAGGAGCCCUUAGCAGCUGGCCUGUCCUUCCUCUCAUUUCUUACUGACUAUCCAGGUACAUAGGAGACCAGGCAGACUCUUCAUAUGAUCGAGACCACCCCACCCACACACACCCCCUGAUCUGUCACAAAAGGACCCAGACUGCUUUAUCCACCACCUGUGGUCAAGGAAAUGUCAGGAGUUGUAGCAAAGACCACUCUGGAAAGAAUUUAUUCUGUAUUUAACUGCUUCUCCUUGCAAGACAAGAAAAAGAGGGUCAUCCCAGGCUAUAGGUGCCUUCUGCUGAUGCUUAAAAAAGUCCCAAAUUAACACCCCACCCUCUAGCUAUAUAAGGAUCCCUGUCUUCCAAAAAAGGAAAAAGUGAUCCAUAACACUGAAGUGCUGCCUUCAUAGCUGUUAGAGAACAGAUGACCCUUUAUGCCUACCACCUUAGGAGAAAGUAAGCCUUUCCCCAACCUUCUUAUUAAUAGUUCUUCUUCCCUCAUGUUCUAUAGCCCCAGCUAGAUGUGAGCUGUUUGCCCUUAAAUGUCUUCUAGCUGUGCAUCUUUAGUGAAUCAGCAUGCCUUCCAGUGCUGGGAGGCAUUACCUCAGAUUUCUAGCGCUAAAGAGGGCAGAGGUAUUUGACUUUCGAUGUUUAACUUAGGGCCUUGUUUGGGAGAUGCUGCAGUUCUUUGAGGCAGCAGACAAAAAGUUUGGUACUGCUGUCUGUCAGUCCAUGCAGCUGAAUGCCUGUGUUCAGGAUAGAGGAGUCUGUGUGAGGCAGCAGAGAGGCAAUUGGGGGGCCCCUGGAAGAGUCAAGGAGACAGGCCUCUACAAGAGAGGUGGCUAACUCUGCCAACAGGCACCACCCCUUCCCAAGCACCAGGACAACAUAUAGACAGUACGUGCCCGUGGUUCCAUAACAUCUAAGAAAGGCCAGCCUUACUUUUGCCUUGUAUUUUAAUGCCUGUGGGGAAGAAAGGUUGAGUCCUUUCAACUGAGCCUUAAGAAGGAUAAAAGCGGCAGCUGUAAGGGAAGGGGCUGGUCUGAAGGAAGGUUGGAGUACUGUGGCAGCUCUAAAGAACCUACCUAACCUGAAAGAAGCUAACAGCCAGGCAAGCAAAUACCCACAGCAAUUCAGCAGUCCUGAGCAGCGCUACACGAAACCCGUGGCAGCCACCAUUCUCACACUGUGCCUAGCAGGCACCAAGGUAGCUAACCAAAGGCAGUCUGCUGGUUACUAGUUGCAUAGGGACAGAGUGGCCAAGGUGUCUUCAGCUACUGGGGAGGGUAGCACUCUGCAAAUUGCUCAUCCCAAGCAGGAUUUCAGAGCAGUUCAUCAUUGCCAGCUGGUUUGGGUAAUCGUAUGCUGCUGCCUAGCAAACUCAGGGUCUGAAUUAGUAAGUUAAAGCCUCUUACAAUGAAGCAAACCUGCAGACCUUGCUCUGUCAGUAGAAUUGUCGUGACCCAUCUAGCUACAAACCUAUAGCUGAUCAGCCAGGGGACACAGAAUAAGAACAAGGAGAGCCCAUGUGACAUGGUAAAGCAACAGACACCUGCAACCAAUGGGAACGUACACAAAUUCAGCCUGUGUGGGUGAACAACACUCAAUAUAUCCACAAAUAGCCGACGUUUUGUGUCUCAGUCUCAUCGGUAUUGAAUUCAAGGCAUUGUAAAAGGGUUUUAGUGCAAAGAGGAAUGAAAACAUGUAGGCAAAUGAGAGAGGAAUUUACCUCAGAAGACCUUCAAGUACUUCCAUGGUGGCUAAACAGUCACUGACCUUGAUUUUUCUUUUUUUUUUUUUUUUGCAGCAACGGCUAAGGAAAAAUAUCUGGUUAGAUGCAGAGCAAACAUAAAAAUGCUUCCUGCUUUGGUCCUGAAAUAUGUCACUGCUCUUCAGAGAGAGCACAGUCAAAUCCCAGACGUCUCCCUUUCCACGAGGAACAUGAGGGCUAGUGAAUUUAAGGCACUAUACAUCAGUAAUUAUGAGGAUACAAAUGGAGUUCUUAAAGAGUAAACAUUUUAUUAUAGAUUGUAAUCAGAAUGCAUGUAAUCAAAGUUAUCUAUGGGAUUCAGCAACUCAAAGUCCUUAAUUCAGCUGGCUUAAGGAAGAUAGGACAUGGUACUUCUGGAAACUGUUAAGGACAUGGUACUUCUAGAAACUGUUACCUCAUUAGUCUGGGAAACACUUCCUAUCCUGUGUUCCCCAAUCAGAACAGCACUGCUCUUUUUGAUGGAAAAGAUGAUUUUCUUUACCAGUGUGUUCUGUAUUCUGUCACUCUUCUAAUGUCACAGUACUUCCUUCUAAUCGAGAUGAAAGAAAUACUUUAAGCUCUUCUCUCUGUCCCAGAACAAGUGUAAAUGUAAGAGACACAAAUACUCUAUCAAACAUCUGCAAGAAAAGCAAAAUUGAAUUCCCAAGUUUUUACUUGAUUCCAGGGUUCAACCAGCUUUUGUUUUGAGUUUAAGGUAAAAAGUCACUUCCAGGAAUACCCUGCUGAGGUAUAAUUUAUCACUCUUGACAAGCUCCUUAUCCCAGAUUUAAGCUGAGUUGUGUUUUCUGCAUACACAUUCAUGGUGGUGUUUCUGCUUGAAACUUGGAGUUUGCUUCCCUGGUCUGUCACAGCUCCUUAACAUCAGAAAAAUAAAGAGUUUUCUUGUG